GAUAAGGACUUGCUUGUCAAGAGAUUGUCAUAAAUCGAGAGUUAAUCCUUUAGCUUUCUCAUCAGCUCUCAUGGACCACGAUGAGUCGUUUUGAUCAAAUUCUUUAAUAAUCAGUCGUGUGGAGCUUGUGAGUGAGGAAGGUUUAGCUUUUUGUCAAGUCCAAGUGCUCAAAGUUUGAUCAUCUGCUAAAAUGGGAGAUCUCUCGACGGAAAUCAGCAUCAUGGAAAGUGCCUCAAAGCAGGAGUGUGUGAGCUUUGGGGAAAUUCCACUGAGAUUUGGAAUUUGGGAGUACGGCAUUUUUAUAGCAAUGCUGGGACUUUCAGCCUUAAUAGGAAUCUAUUUUGGCUUCAUGACAAAGAAAAAGCAGGAUAAUACGGAAGAAUAUCUCCUUGGUGGAAAGACAAUGAGUAUUUUUCCAGUUUCCUGCUCUCUCAUUGCCAGUCACAUCUCUGGAUCAACGAUCUUGGGGAUUCCAACGCAAAUCUAUGCGUAUGGUACUCAGUAUUGGAUGUUCAUCAUUUGUGCCAUCCUAACGCUCGUCUCCAUCGUAUAUGUCUAUCUUCCGGUUUUUCAUGAACUCCAGAUGACUUCGUGCUUCCUCUACCUGGAGCGAAGAUUCGACAGACGAGUUCGGAUUGUGGCUAGUUUUGUAUUUGCACUCAAUGUUAUGCUCUUUGUCCCCGCUGUGAUCUACACUCCCGCCUUAGCCUUCAGUCAGGUCUCGGGAAUUAAUCUUCAUCUCGUGACUCCCAUUAUCUGCGCAAUUUGCAUUUUCUACACCACUGUCGGUGGCCUCAAAGCUGUGGUGUACACAGAUGCACUACAGUUCAUCCUUAUGGUAGGAGCAACUCUUAUUGUAAUGUUUCUGGGAGUUAGGACAUUGGGAGGAUUCUCUGGGGUGUGGGAAGCCGCUGAACGAGGAGGACGGAUAAUAUUAUUCAAUAUGGAUCUCAAUCCACGUCUAGGAAUGUCCUUCUGGACCGUUACACUGGGUCUCUCGGUUACAUGGAUCUCCCUUGUUGGUGUAACGCAGAGUAGUGUACAGCGUUUCCUCUCACUGCCAGACAUGAAGAAAGCUAGGAAAUCAGCAUUUAUCUUUGCCCUGGGGCUCAUCUUUAUAAAAUCAUGCUGCAUAUUUGUGGGAUUAAUUAUGUACACCAAGUACGAAAGUUGUGAUCCCUACUCAAUGGGAGUUGUUAAAAAGCUCGACCAAAUUCUUCCAUUCUUCAUUAUGGAUGUUGGAUCAUCAAUUCCUGGACUUCCGGGACUUUUCAUAGCAGGAAUCUUCUCUGCAGCUCUCUCCUCAAUGUCCACCUCCCUGAAUACCCUCGCGGGGACAAUAUAUGAAGAUUUUAUGCGCCAUCGCUUGCCAAAAGCUUCGGAAAAACAGGCCAGUAACACAAUGAAAAUUAUUGUCGUCAUUCUGGGGCUGAUUCAGCUGGCUUGUGUCUUCGUUGUGGAACGAAUGGGAACAGUUUUCUACCUUACACUGGCACUAAAUGGCAUAGCUGCCGGCGCUCUUCUUGGCCUUUUCUCAAUGGGAAUGAUGAUGAGAAAUGCUAACACAAAGGGAGUUAUUGCAGGAACUCUGUGUUCCCUUGUUAUUGUCACCACUAUCGUUGUGGGGGCUCAAUUUGCCCAGAGACCACCACCAUUGACCCUCAGAACUGAUGGAUGUGCUGCAAUUAAUGGUACCAUCCCGCUUACGGAAAAAGUAAUUUUGCCUGAGAAUGAUAUGCACUGGAUCUUCCUUAUUAGUCCAAUGUACUACCCCUUAAUUGGGAUAAUUAUCUUCCUUUCUGUGGGGUACACAGUCAGCCUACUCACUGGUGGCUAUGAGUUGGAUGAUGAGAGGCUUCUCUGUCAUUUUAUGCGAAGUCGCGAAUUUCGAGAACGACAAAAGAAGGAGGAGGCUCAAUACGCAAAAAUUGGACUGGCACUCAAAGACCUCGAAGCAAAUGGGAAAAUUUAAUACAUCCCAUUUUUGCUGGCGGUGGAUUACUUCAUCUCUCUCAAUGAGGUGAUAAAAGAACGUGACUGUGUGCAGGAAUAAAAAAAGACCAUCAGACUAUUUGUCGCGCUAUUUGUGGUAGUUUGAGUGGUGCGAAAUCAAAAGCGUGAUAUCAUUUUAUUAGUAUUUCUCUCACACUCCAUGUGUCUUCCAACUGUGAAACCACCUCUUCUCGGAAUCUGGAAGACAUUAACAACAAAAUCUCAUGGUGACCAAGUGGGUCGUCUCUCGGCAAUAGAACAUGUUUUAAAAUAAAAUGAUGACGAAAGUG